AAGCAUUUCAAUUCAAACCCCAGUUCAAUAGAAAGAAUUCUCCCACAUUUAAUGUCCUCAUCAAACGAGCACUCCAUAAUUCAACCAUGGAAACUUAAUUAAUUUUCCAUGGUCGUCGUCGUUGCGUCAUCUGUGAGGAAGAAUAAGAAGAAGGAGGAGGAUAUAAAAAAAUCAUUUAUAUACUAUUUCCCAUGAAGAAAUUAAAAAUAAUAAAUGGUUUGUCUCUCUCUGCUUUUGAAGAAUGAAGAAUUCCAUUAAUGCAACUACAACAACAAUGCACUACUUUAUGGGAAAUAUUAUGUAGCUAGCUAGGUCGCUAGGUAGUACUCAAUUGAGAAGAGAGACAGAGAUCGAGGUCCAAAUUAGUUAAAAUGGGGAGGACACCAUGCUGCCAGAAGAUGGGACUGAAAAAGGGACCAUGGACUCCUGAAGAAGAUCGGAUUUUGAUUUCUUAUAUCCAUCAACACGGUCACCACAACUGGCGGGCACUUCCUAAACAAGCUGGUCUGUUAAGGUGUGGAAAGAGCUGUAGGCUUCGGUGGAUUAACUACCUGAGACCGGACAUUAAACGAGGAAACUUCACCCAAGAAGAGGAAGAAACUAUUAUUAACCUACAUCGAAUACUUGGAAAUAGAUGGUCAGCGAUAGCGGCGAGAUUACCGGGACGGACAGACAACGAAAUAAAAAAUUUCUGGAACACCCACUUGAAGAAGAAGCUUCAUGAUCAAAAAACUAAUUAUCCUUCACCAACCUCUAUGGAAACUACUAAUAAACACUACUACUCUAGUAUUGGAAUAUCCAAACUCCCCAAUACCCCCCUGGAUACUGAAAAUCAAACAACUCAAUCCUUCAAACACAUGGUACAAUCCCAAGUUGAAGUAUCUCACCCACAAGCACAACCUUCUUCAAUAUCUGCUGCGACAGAAGAAAUGCACACACUAGUAAUCAAGGAAGAGGAUCACGAGGGGAACAAUAACAAUGUUGUUGCAUCAUCAAUUAGUAGUACUAGCACUAAAAAUAAUGUUGGUGGGAAAAUAUUGUUGCCAAAGAAAGCUCCAACUGUUUUAGAUGGUAGCACUUCAUUGUUAUUGGACAAUUUCAUGAACAAUAAUAAUAACAACAAUGAAGAUUUGGAAUUCUGGUACAACCUCUUUGUGAAAGCAGGAGACAACCAUCAAGCCUGCAUGGAGAUGCAUUCAUCCGCAACGCCUUGAGACUUGACAAACAUGUAACUUUUCUUUUUCUUUUUUUCUUUUAUGUAUAAUAUGUUUCAAUAACUAAAGCUGUGUAGUUCAUGUUAUUUGGUGUCCAGUUUUGACUGUUUCAACGAGCUGUUUGAAUGGUUUCAAAGUGUAAAGUCUGAGUUGAUUUGGAUAAAAGUAUACAUUAUAUUCACAA